AUGAGAGCUCUGAAUUCCCAGUUAGUGUUGAUCGAUUUGCACAGUUCUUUGUACUCAGCUAAGCAGAUCCCCAUUUCAACUUAUGGCUAUCUGAAACAGUGUAAAUUGGGCGCUCCUACGCUCGCAGCGGCGUUUCGUCGAACACGUGGGAAGAUAUCGUCUUCACGGGCACCGGCGCCAGAGGUUCAGUCUCCUGAGAUUCGACGGCCAAGAGACUUGUCCAAUUCAGGAAAUGGCUUGUCAUCAUUUUCCUCUAACGUGGCUUCCACGUCGAGUUCGAGUUCUCAGGAGAAUGAGGACCCUGACUUGAAGUUGUUUCUCGAAAUUGUGCCUUUGAGAAUGAGGAACGAGCUGUUUAGGCACAAGGAUAUUGGGGAGCUAAUUGAGGUGGUUAUGGACUUGGGAAGGAAGCCACUUGCACGAUUUCCACAUGGGGAUUGGGCGAUCUCAGAACAGCCUGUGAAGCUUGAGGAUCUACACGACGCAAUUUCAAAAGUUGGGGAUUUCUCCGAUGACAACCGCUCUGGUAUUAAUCACUCUCUACAUCGAAUAAGUGCAAUUCGAAAUCGUAAAAUGCAAAUCAUUGGCCUUACUUGCCGGGUGGGACGGGCUGUAUCUGGAAGUGCUGAAAUCAUACGGGACUUAGUUGAAGGAAGUGGCUCCAUAUUGGUUAUAGGGCCUCCUGGAGUUGGCAAAACAACCUUAAUCAGAGAAAUUGCCAGAAUGCUGGCUGAUGACCAGAAGAAACGUGUAGUUAUUGUUGAUACGUCAAAUGAAAUAGGCGGUGACGGAGAUGUACCUCAUGCUGGCAUAGGUCGCGCAAGAAGGAUGCAAGUCCCAAAUGUUCAUAUGCAGCAUAAUGUAAUGAUUGAAGCAGUUGAAAAUCACAUGCCUCAAACCAUCAUAAUUGAUGAAAUUGGAACCGAGUUAGAAGCAAUGGCUGCAAGUACAAUUGCCCAGAGAGGGGUCCAGCUUGUUGCAACAGCACAUGGAAUAACUGUAGAGAGUAUCAUGAAAAAUCCCUCUUUGCAGAUCCUUGUUGGUGGCAUAGAGAGUGUCACUCUUGGUGAUGAGGAAGCAAGAAAGAGGAAAGUGCAGAAAACAAUUCUUGAGAGGAAAGGACCUCCUACAUUUACAUGUGCUCUUGAGAUAAUAUCAAGAACUGAAUGUCGUGUUCAUCAUAGACUGGAUGCAACCGUGGAUGCCAUACUAGCUGGGAAAUCUCCACUAUUUGAAGUCCGCCAAAUGGAUCCGCAAGCUAAUACUUUGUUGAAAUCUACUCCAAGUACUAAAGAAGAACAAGUUGAAAAUCUGAAAGUGACAAAUAAUGAAAAUAAACAAACUAGAAUAGAGUCUGAUAUGGAAGAUGAGGAGUAUAGUUCUAUGUCCAAGAAAGUGGGAACGAACGGGUCUGUAAGCUCAAGGAGCUCCCCAGCGUAUGUUUACACUCACAAGAUACAAGAAGCUGAUUUGUUACAAGUAGCAGCUGUAAUGGGGCUUGAGGAUGAAAUAGACGUAACCAAUGAUAUUGGUUCUGCAAAUGCUAUUCUAACAUCUAGUUCCGAAAUUAAACAGAACCCUUGGAUCCGCGGUGUGGCAAAGUUUCACCAUUUGCCUGUAUUUGUUAUUAAGUCAAAUACAAUGGCACAAAUGGUAAAGGCAAUUCGUAUGAUUCUUGGAAUGGAUUCAUUUGGCUCUUUACAAAAGCAAUCAAACAAAAGUUCGUUGGAUAUUGAGAUCAAAGAUGAUGCACCAAAAAGAAAACCAUCUCUGGAGGAGAUUGAUGCCUUGGAGGAAGUUCGACUUGCAAUUGAGUACAUUGUGAUACCAGGUGGUGAGGCUGUGGAACUUCUACCAAGGCGCUCUGAGAUAGUUGCCCGACAACUUGAGUUGAUAGCUAUCGAAUCUCUUUUGGCUGAUUUUCGAGUUCUACGGUUCGAUUCCUCCUCGGAAAAAAGGGUCUUAGGGUUUUACUUCCAAACUCAACACUUGAUCUCAAAAAUCUCCUCAUUUCGACAUUUUCUUACUGACUGGAUUGAUAGGGGUUUUAGAGAGAUGGCCGCGAAGGAUCAAGACUACCGUAUAUUUGUUGGAGGGUUAUCGUGGGACAUCACCGAGCGUCAGCUUGAAGAUGCUUUUAGCCGUUUUGGCAAAAUUAUCGACUGUCAGGUAAUGCUGGAAAGAGAUACAGGCCGCCCUCGUGGAUUUGGCUUUUUGACCUUUGCUGACCGUCGGGCAAUGGAAGACGCGAUCCGUGAUAUGCAUGGUAGAGAGUUUGGAGAGCGUGUCAUCUCAGUGAACAAGGCUCAGCCAAAAAUGGGGGAUGAAGAUCCAGGGCGUGGCUACGGAGGUUACUCUUCAGGUGGCAGGGGCAGUUAUGGUGGAGGAGAUAGGUCAGCUGGGCAGGAUGAAUGCUUCAAAUGCGGUCGCCCAGGACAUUGGGCCCGAGACUGUCCAACAGCAGGUGGUGGCCGAGGUGGUCGUCCUUUCUCACCUCCACGUUCUAGGUAUGGUGGGGCUGGUGGUCGUGGUGAUCACUUUGCAAAUGACCGUGGACGAUACAUGGAUGAUAAAUAUGAUAGAGGUCGUAACGGCGAUAGGGAUCGUUAUGACAGCAGGGAUGAUCGAUAUGGGAACCGUGAUCGAUAUGUUAAUGACAGGUAUCCCCCGACUGGGGACCGGUUUGUGGUAGAUAAGUACGGGGGCUCCGAUCGUUAUCCCCAGAAUGGGUACGGUAAAGACAGAUCCUAUGAUAGGGAUGGAGGUCCCAGAGGUAGCAGUGACAGGUAUGGAGGUGGAGGUCCUGUUCGUUACGAGGGCAGAAGCCAUAGGGAGAGGCCUGGUCCCUAUGACCGCCCUAGGAGAGGAGGGCGCCCCCCUACCUUUGACCGUUACUAG